CGCACGCGCCCCUUUUCCUUCUCUGCCCUUUCUCCCCUCUUCGAUUCGGCGCACCGGCGAGGAAGAAGGCGAUUUCGAAUUCGAUCGCGAGGAAGGAGGAAGGAGGAAGGAGGAAGGAGGAAGGAGGAAGGAGGAGGUUUAGGGAGAUCGAGGGGAUGGGGGACGCCUACUGCUCUGACUGCAAGAAGAGCACGGAGGUGGUGUUCGACCACUCGGCGGGGGACACCGUGUGCUCCGAGUGCGGGCUGGUGCUGGAGGCGCACUCCAUAGACGAGACCUCCGAGUGGAGGACGUUCGCGAACGAGUCGGGGGACAACGACCCGGUCCGCGUCGGCGGCCCCAGCAACCCCCUCCUCGCGGACGGCGGACUCUCCACCGUCAUCUCCAAGCCCAACGGCGCGCAGGGGGAUUUCCUCUCGUCUUCGCUGGGCCGGUGGCAGAACCGUGGAUCCAACCCCGACCGGACCCUCAUCCUCGCCUUCAAGACCAUCGCCACCAUGGCCGAUAGGUUGGGUCUUGUCGCCACUAUAAAGGACCGAGCCAAUGAAAUAUAUAAGAAGGUGGAAGAUUUGAAGUCUGUCAAGGGACGAAAUCAAGAUGCAAUUUUAGCUGCUUGUCUAUACAUUGCUUGCCGCCAGGAGGACAAACCUCGAACUGUCAAAGAGAUUUGUUCGGUUGCUAAUGGAGCUACAAAGAAGGAAAUAGGUCGGGCCAAAGAGUUCAUUGUUAAACAACUUGAAGUUGAGAUGGGACAAUCUAUGGAGAUGGGCACAAUUCAUGCUGGAGAUUUCUUGAGACGAUUCUGUUCACAUCUUGGCAUGACAAAUCAAGCAGUUAAAGCAGCUCAGGAAGCAGUUCAAAAAUCAGAGGAACUUGACAUUAGGAGGAGUCCCAUUUCAGUUGCAGCAGCUAUUAUUUACAUGAUAACUCAGCUAUCUGAUGAAAAAAAACCCCUCAAAGACAUAUCACUUGCAACUGGGGUUGCAGAAGGCACCAUAAAGAACUCGUACAAAGAUCUCUAUCCUUAUGCUUCCAGGAUCAUCCCUACCUUCUAUGCCAAGGAAGAGGAUCUAAAGAACCUCUGCAGCCCAUAAACUUGUUCUUCAUUUCCUUGUGAUGGAGAUCUCAAGAACUUCUGCACCCAAAUUUAUUCAUGAAGCGACUUCGAAAUUUUAUGCUAUCGGAUGUUGCGAUGACCAAAAGAUUUAACUGAUUGGGUCAGUAUCAUUCGAUUCCUAUUGCAAAUUCGAUCUGCUCGUAGGGAUUGUUCUCUUAUAAGGCUUAAUUGUUGCUUAAAUGAUGUGGAAAAACAGUCGGCAUACAGUGACUCGAUAAGAUUAUCGAUUAUGAUUGUCGUAGGAGUAGACAAGCAAAGGCUAUUGUCUUGAGUGAGAUAAGGUUAUUAUUGCAUGACUGAUGUUUCACACAGUCUGGUAGAUGCUUAUUACUUAUUCGGUCCAAGUUAUUUUGCAUCACAUAUAUAUACAUAUAAAUUGAUAGUUUGUUUAUAUU